GUGCCAAAGGAAGUUCGAGCCCAGGAACCGAGGGCGGACGCACGAAGCGCCCGGCGCGGACUCUCCCUUGCUCCCCCCGUUACCUUGCGCCACGCUGCCGGGCUCCCCACAGUCUCGGCAGCUGCUCCCGGCUUUUUCCCACCCCCGCAAAGGCGCCUUCGCGGCGGCCCAAGUGCAGUGGAUGCCUCCUCCUCCUCCUCCUUUGUCCCGCCUCCUCCUGCCUUCGCGCAGUUAGGGCAAAAUGGAGCAGCCACGAGGGGAGGGGGAGAGAGAGAGAGAGAGGCAGAGGCGGCGGCGCAGAGACCCAGCCAGAUCCGCUGGAUCCCAGCCCACCUGCCUCCUCUGUGCCCUCUCCAGAAGAGGAUCCCUCUGGAAAAG